GAGAGAGAGAGAGAGAGAGAGAGAGAGAGAGAGAGAGAGGAACCAGCCUGGAAACCUGAAGGCUGCUUUCUGCUCGUCUACACUUGCCCCUUGUUAUUUGCAAAGCUGGUUCAGAACUUCUGGAUCACAUGGUAUUCCCUUGCUUUGGAGAAGGAAAAGAGAAGGGAGAAAGAGGAAGGUGAGGCAGAGAAAAGCAAGCACCCCAGGCUGGUGUUGUUCCAUCUUCCCCACCCCUUUGCUCUCUUCCUUGCACAGAGAUGACUGGAGCCUCCUAGCCCCUGUGAAACUGAAGGGAGGGGGCAGAGGAGGAGCAGGAGGCCAGAUGAUCAGCUCAGCAGUAGAGGGAAAAUGUGAAACAUGAAGAACCAGCUCACUGUUUGUGGAAGGAUGGUGCUGCUCCAAGUGUUCCUGCUGCUGCAUUUGCUCCCCUGUCUUGGCUCUGUGAAGGCUUUCUUGGGAUCCCAGCCCAAUCGGAAUAAUUUGCAGAACACAGUAUCUGGUGCAUGUGAGAUGGAGCCCUUAGGAUACUACAACGGCUCGCUUUCUGUGACAUUGUCUGGGUCGGCGUGCUUAAACUGGUUGGACUUUCCUGAUUACGUUCAUCAAUAUCCAAACCGGGGCUUAGGGAAUCACAACUACUGCAGGAAUCCAGAAGGUGGCGCCACGCCUUGGUGCUUCUACCAACUUGCCUCUGGAGCCGUAGGCUGGGCCAACUGUGACUGCAGCCAAGGUGCUGUGCGACUGAUUCAGAGUGGAAGAGUGGAGCUGUACUUCAAUGGGCUGUGGGGCACUAUCUGUGGGGAUCACUGGACAGACUGGGAUGCCAGUGUGGUCUGCAGACAGCUGGGACUCAGUGAAAUUGGCACAGCCCAAAGGGAGAGUUAUUCUGGUUUGGGUCCAAUACCCUUCCACCUGCAGUCCGCAAACUGCCGUGGGGAUGAGAAGAUGUUGUUGCAAUGUAGCUACCAAGAGAUGUUCAGAACCUGCAAGCACGGAAAUGCUGUGGCCAAAUGUGCCCCACCGCAAGGUGUAGGAUCUCCGCUUCGUCUGGUGGGAGGCAAAAAUAGCUUUGAGGGUCGAGUGGAAGUCUAUCAUGGUGGUCUUUGGGGCACCAUUUGUGACGACCAGUGGGAUGACAAAGAUGCUGAGGUGAUUUGCAGACAGCUGGGCUUCAGCGGAUCCCCAAAGGCCGUGUCUUGGGCUCAAUUUGGACAGGGCCUGGGCCCAAUCCUGCUGGAUGAAGUGGAGUGCACGGGCAACGAGCUUUCAUUGGACCAGUGCAAGAAGAGUACCUGGGAAGAACACAACUGUGACCACAUUGAAGAUGCAGGGGUAAUUUGUGACCCCUUUGCAGCAGAAGGUACUAUUCGACUGGCAGGAGGGCACAAACCGAAUGAAGGAAGGGUGGAGGUAUACCACAAUGGAAGCUGGGGAUGCGUGUGUGAUGAUGGCUGGACAGGUAUUAAUGCCCAGGUGGCUUGCAGACAGCUUGGCUUCAGUGGCCCCGCACAGCUGGCGGCAGAGGGGGAAUUUGCUUCUGGACAAGGCUUCAUCUUACUGGAUGAUGUGGCUUGCACAGGCAGUGAGCUGUCGCUCUUUGACUGCCCGCACAGCAACUGGGGGCAGCACGACUGCUCACACGAAGAGGACGUGGGUGUCCACUGCUCCCCCGAUAGCAACAGGAUCACUGAAGAGGCUACAGGGAUCCCUGUGCGGCUGGUGGAUGGGAACGGCACCAAAGAGGGGCGUGUCGAGGUUUUCUUGAAUGGACAGUGGGGCAGUGUCUGUGACCAUGGCUGGACAGAUAGAGAUGCGGCUGUAGUUUGCAGGCAGCUGGGUUACAGUGGUACUGCAAAAGCUAAGACCAUGGCUUAUCUUGCUGAAGGACACGCACCCAUCCAUCUAGACAAGGUGGAGUGCAGUGGCACUGAGCACACCCUGGGGGAGUGCGUCACCCACGAGAGCAACAUUCACAGCUGUUGGAAAUAUGCCGGAGUGAUCUGUGACUACAUAGAGGAGGAGGAGGAGGAGAACCAGGCAAACACAAAUGCAGGUUCGAUAUUCGGCUUGUGUGGACGGCGCUUGAUUCAUCACCGCAAAAAAAGGAUAAUUGGUGGAAACAAAUCUCUCAGAGGAGGCUGGCCUUGGCAGGUCUCGCUACGUCUAAAGGGGUUUCACAGAGAUGCUCGUCUGCUGUGCGGAGCGACUCUUAUCAGCAACUGCUGGGUGCUGACAGCAGCACAUUGCUUCAAAAGGUUUGGAGUAGAUGUACGGCGCUACCUGCUGCGUGUGGGAGACCACCACACUGGUGUGAGGGACGAGUUCGAGAGAGAGCUGCCGGUGGAGAAGAUUGUCCUUCAUAGGAACUACCAGUCUAGCAGCAACGACAAUGACAUUGCUUUAGUCAGAAUUCGGGGCAAAAGUGGCAACUGUCUUUCCUUCAGCCACCAUGUCCUUCCUGUCUGCCUUCCUGAGAGGAAGGAGAAGUCUUCUAUAGAUAGACAGGCCUGCGUCAUAUCUGGCUGGGGAGAUACAGGGAGGUCAUACUCAAGGACGUUACUCCAGGGCUUGGUGCCCCUACUCCCAAGAAGAGUGUGCAAAUCCCGUUACGGAAAGAAGUUCACUAAUCGUAUGCUGUGUGCUGGAAACAUUUCUGAAGAUAACCGGGUGGACAGCUGUCAGGGAGAUAGUGGGGGGCCGCUAAUGUGUCAAAGGCCAGGUGGACACUGGAUAAUUCUAGGGAUCACUUCCUGGGGAUAUGGGUGUGGGCGAAAAGACUCUCCUGGUGUUUACACAAAAGUCAGCAAAUUUGUGCCCUGGAUCAAGAAGGUGACCAAACUGAUAUAAGACCAUUCAAUCCAAAGAUGGAUUUGUGUUGUUUUACUGAGCAGUAUUUGGGCAGUGGUUUAGAAGAAUGUCUUCAUUUUGUCUCUGGCUGGGUGUCUGUUUUUUGCUGGUACCCAAACAAGGUUCAUUUGCAAGGGGGCAGCAAGAAA